AUGACAUGCGGGGUUGGGGGCCUACUGCAGCUAGGGGAAGCGCCUUCGGCUGCGGAAGUUCUGGAUGUGUUUUCCACUGCGAGCACCUUCCGACUGCGCUGGUUCACCCCCACCUGCGAAGUGCCCUGCUGCGGCCACGCAACACUGGCGUCCGCCGCGGUGCUGAUGCAAGCUCGCGGCAAUCCCCACCCCGCAAUAACCUUCCACACGCUCAGCGGAGAGCUAGUGGUGCGGUAUUGCGGCCGUGGAGGUCUCAACUACGUGUUGAUGGUGCUAGAGGAAGGGCAGGGCCUGGGCCGGAGGGAGCUGGAGGAGCUGCAACCCGACUUGGGCGCCAUGCUCUCAGCAGCGGCGGCGGAAGAGGUGCACGGCGUCAUUGUGUGUGUGAGGACAGGGCCCGCCAGGGGAGGUGCGGCGCAGACGGAGGAGGGCGAGGAGGUGUGCAGCCGAUUCUUCGCUCCGUGGAUGGGUAUUAACGAGGACCCGGUCACUGGCAGCGCUCAUGCGGUCCUGGGGCCCUACUGGGAGCCUGUGCUGAGGCCUGAGGGGUCUGAGGGGGCCGUGGAAGGGGCAGGACAGGGCGGAAGCGGAGCCAUGCGGAUGCGGCAGUGCUCUGCGCGUGGCGGGGAAGUGAUGGUGGAGGUGUUACGCAAGCAGGGACGCGUGCACGUUUCAGGGAUGGCCACGCUGGUUCUUGAGGGGACGUUGCGACUAGAGGAGAGCUGGAUCGCAUGUCGGUUGCAAAGGGGCAACCACCCCCAGGAGCUAUCCGCUUUCCAUGUGGAGUCGCUGCUUGGCGGCGGCGGCUUUUCCCACGUUGUGCUCGCGCGCGAUUCGGCUGGGAAGGAAUGGGCGCUGAAGCUUAUCCCAGCGCCCGGUGCCAAGUGCCUGGAUGAAGUUGACAGCACGCCACUCCUGCUGUCUGAGGCUCGAAUACACCUGCUGCUGUCCAGCGAGCCAUCGGUGCUACCCUGCGUGGAGGCCUUCAAAUCGUGCUACGUUGAUGAGCGAGAUACAAGGAUAACUACCUAUAUGGCGGUUCUGCAAAUGCCCGUUGCGGCCUGCAGCGUUGAGGAAUGGCUCUUCUCUGCAUCACCAAUGCCGCAGCCGUGCCAGGGUCCGCCGCAGUCACAGGUGGACGAGAUGGAGGUGCUUAGCGUGUGGCUGCAGAUGGUGAAUGCGGUGCACCGCUGCCAUGCACAUGGCAUUGUCCACAAGGAUAUCAAGCUCCCCAACUUUCUUAUGGACAACCGAGGCAAGGUGCAGAUUAUGGACUUUGGGUUGGCGCAUGUGGAGGGCGUCACGCCGCGGGCGGUGGCGGGUACUCCCUGGACUAUGUCACCUGCGGGCUUGAGGCACGGAGACGAUGGUCGUGCAGGCGACUGGUGGGCGCUCGGCGUGGUCCUUUACCAGCUGCUGCAGGGUGGCGCGUGGCCUUUUAAGCAGUGUUGGUGGCCCUGGCAGAAGGGCAGUGGCGAGCGCAUGGAGGCUGCCAUCCGACGCGCCGUGCUGGCCGGCCGCAUCACCUUCCCCCAAGGUGCGCGUGUUUCCGAGCCUAUCAAGGCGCUCAUCCGCGGCCUGCUGCAACCCGACCCAAAUCGCCGCUGGCAGUUACGUCAGGUGCUCGCCUGCGAGGUGGUCAGGCCGGAACUGCUCAGCAAGCUGGCGGACCGCUUUCCGGAGCUGGCAAUCGACAUGCAAGCGCUGAUGCAACUGCAGCGCCGAGCGCGUGACGUGCAGGCGCUGGGGUCCGAUGGAGGCAACGCCGCAGCAGCAGCGGUGGCGGGUCUAGGGCUGGCUUCGGCUGGGUCAGUAAUCGCGGCUGCAGCGACGAGCGUUGUGAACCGUGCACGCGGCGUGUCAGCGCUGGUAGGGGAGGGGGGCUUGCAUUGGCCUCACUGGGGACCGGGCAGCGGCAGGGGAGAGCCAGGCGUCGCCGAUGGCGGCUCCUACAGGCCUCUACUUGACGGUGAGGACCGAGAGGAGAGCGAGCCUGCGCGGCGAAGCGGUCCGUGGGCUCCGCUUUCUAGCGCCUUGGUGCCAAGGCGGAGCUCUGCGGACGCCGUAGCAAUUCAUCCAGGAGCACCUCAGCGGGCAGCACAGCAAGCAGGUCAGCAGAUAGUCCAGCAUGCGGCUGAAGGCAUGCGUGUAGCCGACCUGCUGCUGCUCUUCCCAGACGAGGUGCCAGACGCCCAUCCCUCGUCUCCGGGCAUUCCCAAGGUUGAGCAGCAGCCGCCGCCGCAGGCCUCGCGAUCCGCUGCGCCCCCGGGGCUCGCGUCCGUGCCGUCCGAGCCUGGCGCCGCUGGACCCCUGUCAACGACCUCUGCAGGGGCCGCCACCGCUGCGGACGCAGCUGGGGCCAUACGGCAUGCCAACACCGCCAGCAUUUAUGCACACACGGGGCCAUCCGAUGUCUUUGCUUCUGGGCGCUUUGUUGAGGCAGAGGGCAAACGAGAUGGCUCCGGCUCUCAGCACCCCUCACCCCGGCUCUCACGCCGUUCUCUAACGGGACCACAGCUUAGUCCCGGCAGCCGCCGCUACGACCACACGAGCCUUCAUGAUCUCUUCGGCGUCCAUUCCGGCAGCCAUCCAUUGCAGCCUUUGCCGCUGCAGCACCAUCGCGCGAUGUCCGGUGCUGGGUUUGGUGGCCCGUUAAGCGCAGCUGUAGCAACCGACGUGUUCACUGGGAAUCGCAGCUCUUGGGCGGCACCUCGGGGCGCCCCUUUGUGGCAUCAUCAACCUGGCAGCGACGGGCGCAACAGCGAGGGACCAGAGUCGACGGCAAUGCCACCCCCAUCAUCCUGGGUACCGCCGCCGCCAGAGGCUUUUGCCGCCGGUACGGCUAGUCGGCUAGGUGAUAUGAGCAGCCGGACUCGGUCUUCCAUGGCAAGCUCCGCUGGGGCUGCUGGGCAGCCCAUUGGCGAGACCGGCCAUACCGCGGGUGCGGGUACUCCUGAUGUGCCAGGCACAGCGCACCAGCAUGUCGGGUUCCUUGCCAAGGCGCGGAGGCUCUUUUCGGAUUGUUUGCAACGGCCCGGUGUCAAGUAUGAUGCUUAUGACUAUGAUGAGCUUGAAGCGAUGCCUGCAUCAGGCAAGGCGUCGUGAGGAUGCUGUAUCAUGGAAAGCUUGGAAUUGGACCCGUGCUCCGGUGCAUCUAGUUCGCGUCGUGCUAGUUGUGCACCUCCUGGCAUUGCGGUUGCUAGGCCCGCCACCAAUGCGCGGGGUAAGAUUGCCUUUUCGACUUGUUGUACGAUUGUAUUGUUGAGCUGCAUAUCGUGUGGAUGUGACCGCGCUGCCUCCCGGACUGAACCUGUGUGUCAAAGUUAUGCAUGAAUUCUUGCUGUCCCCCAUUUCGAACUAGGUAGGCCUACGUGAGAUUUAACACAUCACGCAUAACACAUCAUGCAUGUGCGUAGCGUGCAUAGCGAUUUUCCUUGGUUAGCUAAGUUGUCUAUGGCGUGUCCCAUGGACAUAUUGUAGAUAUGUAUGAUAGUUACACAGCAGUCACGGCAGUAGCUACACUGCACUCUUGGCUCAAGUGGGAGACCUGGGAUUUAACGGUCGACCGACUUCGCCAAAACCAUAGUGACCAUUAUGUUUUAUUUUUAGCGCCCUCUUGGGUACCUUUGAGCAU